AUGUUGAUAAAUCAAGAUCCACAGUGGAGUGGCGAUACAGCGUCUGAAAUUCAGAUGUUUCCAGAUCUUGAAUUAAUGGAUGACGAUUAUUCACCUCUUCCGGAUGAUUUGUUACAGUCUUUAAGUUCUGAAUUAGGUGUUCCACUUUUCUUGGAAAAUGAAAUAUCUAUGGAAGCAGAAAAUGACUUCAAUCAUCAAAUCACAAAUGAUAUUUCUUUAGGGGAACCUGCACUUUGUUUUGAAGAUUUUGACAUGCAACAAAAUUCAGAUUCAAAUUUAAGUAACAAUGUAAAAAUGGAAAUUAAGUUGGAACCUGUAAGUCCUUAUGUGCAAUUGCCAUUGUCUCCUGCACUAAGUCAUUCAGAGUCUAGUAGAUCUGAAGUAGAUGCUGACUCUGUUAAUUUCUUAUGCAAUUUUAAGUCGACUCCAGAGACACCACCAAUUUCACCACCUCAAAAUAGUUCACCAUCCAUGUCUCCAGAACCCCUAUUAAAUACAACUGUUGCAAGACAAGUAAGACUUAUGCCUCUUAAAUCUCAGGAUGAAAAGUGCAAAAAAUUUAUCAUUUCCAAAGCAAAUUCAACCAAACAUAUUCAAGUUCAGCCAAAAAAGAUUAAUGUGCAGUCUGUAACCGAUGAACAGCCCCAGAAUGCUAUAUUAUUGAGCACGCAAAAUUUUGUCGCGCUCGCGCAAGAAGUUAAGCAGAACUAUACGUCGUAUCCUUUCAUGACUCAUUUAUUGCCAACCAAUGAAAAUAUUAAAGCUCAAAAUUCGGUACAGGUUUCACCAGUACAAAUAAAAGCAGAAGCAAGUAUGGUACAAAUACCGCAAGAAAACACUAUGAAUACUGCUGAUGUUUACAUGUCAGGAAGAGAAUCCACUGUCGGUGUCGGUGAUGCGUCUUUGAUUUUUAGAAAUGAUACGACUGGCCGUACCUCUAUAGUUGUGAAGAAAGACUCAUCUGGCUGUAGACCAAUAGUAAUUAAAACAGAAAAUUCAAGUUAUGCUCCAAUCGUUAUUAAAAACGAAACUCAAGAUGCUAAUUUCACUGGACGACAAGAAAAUGAAAUAAAGGCAUUGAAAAGGCAACAAAGAAUGAUAAAAAACAGGGAGUCCGCUUGCCUUUCGCGAAAAAAGAAGAAAGAGUAUGUAACUGCGUUGGAAAAACAAAUUUCUGACUUGCAGGAAGAAAAUAAGCAAUUGAAAAUGGAGAAUUCAAACUUGAAGCAGAAACUCUCAACGUUAGAGAAUACAAUGGGUACUAAUAACAAACUUGGGAGUACAAUUCUCGCUGCAAAGAAGAAGAAUGUUGCUAUUCUUUUGGGAAUGGUGUUUAUGGUAUCCUUUAAUGUCAAUACUUUUAGUGUCCUCUCGAAAAGCAAUCAGUUGAAUGUAUUACCUGUGGACGUCUCUACUAAUAAACAGUAUACACGACAAGGAAGAACAUUGCUCUGGACACCUACCGAUGAAAUCCAGGAAGAGGAUGAAGAAAGCUUCCGUAAAAACACAUCAAUGCCUCAACCUAUGUGUCCAAUGUACAUAAAUAAAAGCGAAUCGAUUCGGUUAGAUUACGAAUUAAGACGAUGGAUCGGUGGUGAAUCUGAUCAAGAUAAUUGGACUACACCGAAAAAUGCAAAGUUUGAUGCAAAAUUUAUGGGUGAACUUUUAUCUUCGCCAUACGCAGUACAGAAAAAGACUAAAGAUAAAUAUAAUUUGCCACGAAGGAGCAAAUCCGAAAUACUUCGAAAGACAACAGGCUCUUCGAUAUCAAAUGCGGUCGAAGUCUUUUCGCCGACGUUAAAAGAGCAUGCUUCGUUAUUCGAAGCUCUAGGCAGAAGAGAAGAUACGUUUUACGUUGUUUGGUUCAGCGGAGAGCAUUUGCUUUUACCAGCUUCGAGGAAAAACAGUACGGGCAGACCAAGAAUGUCGUUGGUUCUUCCUGCCCUGCCUAUGAACGAAACUUUUUCAACGCCUGCCAAUCAUAUAACUAUGAUGCAAAUUGAUUGUGAAGUAACAAAUACGCAAUUGUUGCAUUUACAACAAUCGGUUAUACCUAAUCAUUUAAAAAACAAUCAUAGGCCUGGAAAUGAUACACAUCAAACUCAUGCGACUAAUGAUGUAUCUGAUAAUGUAACAGACGAUACAACUAAAAAUUACAAACCGUAUUUUAUUAAGGAGUCUGAUCAGAAGGAUUUCCACAAAAAGAAUUUGAAAGAUACUUAUCUGGAUAAAAAUAGCGAUGAUUAUAAUAAGACACCCGCUUAUAUUUUAAAGCAGAAAUUUGUUUCGGAAUUUAAUUUGGAAGAGGUAAAAACUGACAUGUUGAGAAGUUCGCGGAAAACGGAAUCACAGGAGAACAAAAAUAAGACUGUCCUUAGUACAUGAACCAUUUGUGUUCAUCGUUUUUUUUCUGUUUUAUAAUGUACAAGAAUACGAAAGAU